CCGGAGGCCGGGGCGACGCCGGCGGCCUGAAGCGCAACAGCGAACGGAAGACCCCGGAGGGCAGGGCCAGUCCGGCCCCGGGCAGCGGACACCCGGAAGGUCCCGGUGCUCACCUGGAAAUGAACUCUCUUGAUAGAGCCCAAGCAGCCAAGAACAAAGGCAAUAAAUAUUUUAAAGCAGGGAAAUAUGAACAAGCUAUUCAGUGCUAUACUGAGGCUAUUAGUUUGUGCCCUACAGAGAAGAAUGUCGACCUUUCCACAUUUUAUCAAAACAGAGCUGCCGCUUUUGAACAGUUGCAAAAGUGGAAGGAGGUGGCACAGGAUUGUACAAAGGCUGUUGAACUUAACCCCAAAUAUGUGAAAGCUCUCUUUAGACGUGCAAAAGCCCAUGAGAAGCUAGACAAUAAGAAGGAAUGUUUAGAAGAUGUCACUGCUGUAUGUAUAUUAGAAGGGUUUCAAAAUCAACAAAGCAUGCUGUUAGCUGAUAAAGUUCUUAAACUUCUUGGAAAAGAGAAAGCCAAAGAAAAAUACAAGAAUCGUGAGCCUUUGAUGCCAUCUCCACAAUUUAUCAAAUCUUACUUCAGUUCUUUCACGGAUGAUAUAAUUUCUCAGCCCAUGCUUAAAGGAGAGAAGUCUGAUGAAGAUAAAGACAAAGAAGGGGAAGCUUUAGAAGUGAAAGAAAAUUCUGGAUAUUUAAAGGCCAAACAGUAUAUGGAAGAAGAAAACUAUGAUAAAAUCAUAAGCGAAUGCUCAAAAGAAAUAGAUGCUCAAGGCAAAUACAUGGCAGAAGCAUUAUUACUACGAGCCACCUUCUACCUACUUAUUGGCAAUGCCAAUGCAGCCAAACCAGAUUUAGAUAAGGUCAUCAGUUUGAAAGAAGCUAAUGUGAAGCUUCAAGCAAAUGCUCUCAUCAAGAGGGGCAGCAUGUACAUGCAGCAGCAGCAGCCCAUGCUGUCUACUCAGGACUUCAAUAUGGCUGCUGACAUCGAUCCUCAGAAUGCUGACGUUUAUCACCACCGAGGACAGUUAAAAAUACUGCUUGAUCAAGUCGAGGAAGCAGUGGCAGAUUUUGAUGAAUGUAUUCGAUUAAGACCCGAGUCCGCCCUGGCACAAGCUCAGAAGUGUUUUGCAUUGUAUCGUCAGGCAUAUACAGGAAGCAAUUCUUCACAAAUCCAAGCAGCUAUGAAAGGUUUUGAAGAGGUCAUAAAGAAAUUUCCAAAGUGUGCUGAAGGUUAUGCACUUUAUGCCCAGGCAUUAACAGAUCAACAGCAGUUUGGUAAAGCUGAUGAAAUGUAUGAUAAGUGUAUUGAUUUGGAACCAGAUAAUGCCACAACAUAUGUUCAUAAAGGUUUACUUCAACUUCAGUGGAAGCAAGAUCUGGAUAGAGGUUUGGAGCUUAUCAGCAAGGCUAUUGAAAUUGACAAUAAGUGCGAUUUUGCCUAUGAAACCAUGGGAACUAUUGAAGUACAAAGAGGAAACAUGGAGAAAGCCAUUGACAUGUUCAACAAAGCUAUUAAUCUGGCCAAAUCGGAAAUGGAGAUGGCUCAUCUGUACUCUCUUUGUGAUGCUGCCCAUGCCCAGACAGAAGUUGCAAAGAAAUACGGGUUAAAACCACCAACAUUGUAAAACAGGGGAAGGAGACUCAACCCUCUUUUUAAGUUUACCCCCUCUUCAACUGAACCCUGAAGACACUGUCAAGAACUGUGUUGAAUGGUGGAACUAGUAUUUCCCUCCGUGAUGUUGCCAUUCCUUACGUAUGUUUCAUGUUUAGGUGUUGUGGCCUGGCUGUUGAAAGGAAGUCUGCAGUCUUGCAGCUUUUAAUUCCCAUACAAGGAAAGCUUGAAACUUGUUAAAGGGAUAUUAAAAACAAAGUUGCAAAGAGUACAGAUAAUAAGUGGCCAUGCAAAUAAAAACUUGGAUUUGUUGAUUUGAUAUUUUUUCUUUUGAUGGGGGUUUGGGGGGUUGAUUAUGUUCUGGAUGAUUUUGUCUUUAUAUGUAAGUCUAAUAUGUGAGUAUUUUACAGCAGGUGGGUUUUUUAAUUAACAUAGUAAGUGCUGUAAAACAGAUUUAUUUUAUAUUUAAUUAAUCCCUUUUAGUUGAUUUUUUGGAAGAAAACAGCUUAAGUGGGGGUUAAAAUGUAAAAUUGAGAGACCCUUUAAACCAUUGUCAGCAUGCACAAUGCCUCCAAUUCUGCAGAACUUUGUAGAAACUUAGUGGCAGCUAUUAAUCCUUUUGACCCUCUUCCACUCUAAUGGAUAAUGUACAUCGUGCUUAAAGUCCACAACAGCUGGUUUUCACACAGUAAAUUAUGCAGAAGCAAAAUAUUCCGACUGACGUCGGUGCUGAAUGACUGAGUAUCGAUGGGGAAGUGGACCAGGCAACAAGGUAAAGUGAAAUGCAGGUGUCUUAAUUGCUCAUGGCUGUAGAAAACAGUACUGUUUUAGUGUGCUAUUUAAGUACUAUGUAAUAGUGUGCUUUCUAAAAGGAAGUGAAGGUCGCUUGUGUGUGUAACUCAGAUGGUCUAAGUGUGAUACAUGAGAGUAUUUAAUAACAUUUUAACAUUUCUAGCGAAGAAAAUGUGACUUAUGGUUCCCAAAGGAUGACGUCUUGGAGCCAGACUGUUGUGUUUCCAGAGAUGACAAAUGCAGUACUUGAGCUCAGCCGCACGUGCUUCAGGGCAGCUGAGCAGAGCUUCCAGCAUGCCGAGGCAUCAGGCGGGGCUGGAGCGCUGGCUAGCCCUGCCGUCUAAGGGCUGGCCGCUCCAGUCCAGGGCUUCACUAGUGAUCCUGACAGAUUUUUGGCUUUGUUCAUCUUUAUUUCACCCUCCUUCCUUAGAAGUCACCUUAAGGUUUAUUUCUAAUUGUCACUUUUUUAGACCAUUCUUUUGCUUAUAUGCUAGAUUUUUCUGGUAGGGGAAGGACUGUUUGUAUUCAUAAGUGGUCUCUUGAAAUGUUUGGAGUGGGAGAGGUUUAAGCCUGAAUAUAAUACAAAGCAAGGUUUCAGUUACACUUUUCUAGACAUGAAAUCCUAUUAUAGUUUACAUUGUUGGGAGUAAAGGAGCAUUUUACCCCUCUUUUAAAAAGGGUGCUUUAAUCCUGUUGAAACCAAAAAGAUUUUGUCUACACUUGCUAUCUUUUUAGAAACUAUUAGAAAUGACUCUUUUUCCAAAGUCAGUCUUUGGAAAACAUUGAGGUGGCCUCUAGUUUCGGGGGGCAGUUAACAUAAUUUAAGAUGACUUGGAUAAUGGAAAGUUUGAGAGCUCUGCAUUUUAUUCUUAAAUUGUGCACCUAUUAUAACCCCUGAAUACAGAAAUGUUCUACAUCUCUGAGUGACCUCUGGCUUUAAAAACGAAAGUUUUUAUUUGCAUGGCUGGAUUUACAUUAACGCUGACAUCUGCUUCUACUCUCC